CUGGGGGUGGGGAGAAGGCUCCUACUACCUGCCCUCCUGGCAGUCUCCAGAGGGACCCUCAUCGGACUGGUCCCCCAAGCAUGGACACCUCUGAGGAGCCCACCAGGUGCCCUGCCCGAGGGACAUGCCCAGUGUUCCUGGCCAUGAGCUCAGGGACUGUCCACUAUGCCCCAUCAGGCCUGUGCCCUGCAUUUGAAAGGAACUUGGGAAAGGAACCCUGGGGCACAGACAGGCCACCCCAGCCGGACCAGGGCCUCCCGGUGCCCUGGAAGAACGUAGGCCCCUGCAAAGGGCCCAGGGAGUCCCCAGGAGCCCUGGUGGAGGCCUGUGCAGGGGAGGAGGCCCCAGUUAAGGAGGGCCCUGUCGCUGCCCCGCUGGAUGUGUCACGCCUGCGCAGCUCUUCCAUGGAGAUCCGUGAGAAGGGCUCGGAGUUCCUGAAGGAGGAGCUGCACAAAGCACAGAAGGAGCUAAAGCUGAAGGACGAGGAAUGUGAGCGUCUGUCUAAGGUGCGGGAGCAGCUGGAGCAGGAACUGGAGGAGCUGACCGCCAGCCUGUUUGAGGAGGCCCACAAGAUGGUUCGAGAAGCCAACAUGAAGCAGGCAGCAUCAGAGAAGCAGCUGAAGGAGGCUCGAGGCAAGAUCGACAUGCUGCAGGCGGAGGUGACUGCCUUGAAGACACUGGUCAUCACGUCCACACCAGCCUCUCCCAACCGUGAACUCCACCCACAGCUGCUGAGCCCCACCAAGGCCGGGCCCCGAAAGGGCCACUCGCGCCAUAAGAGUACCAGCAGCACCCUGUGCCCUGCUUUGUGCCCUGCUGCAGGGCACACCCUCACCCCAGACAGGGAGGGCAAAGAGCCCGGGCUGGCCCCUCUGCUCUCUCUGCUUCUCUGCGUGGUCCCCAGCAAGGCAGUUCAUCUCACCUACGAGCCAGCCUGGCAGCUCCUGCCUGGGCAGCCACCCUCGGCCCCCUCCUCUGCUCCCUCUCUCUCCUUUUCCCGACAGGUGGACACAACCCUGUUUGCCGAGUUCCAGGCCUGGAGGGAAUCACCCACCCUGGAUAAGACCUGUCCCUUCCUAGAAAGGGUAUACCGGGAGGACGUGGGACCUUGCCUGGAUUUCACAAUGCAAGAGCUCUCCGCAUUGGUACGAGCUGCUGUGGAGGACAACACACUCACCAUCGAGCCCGUGGCUUCACAGACACUGCCCACUGUGAAAGUGGCCGAGGUUGACUGUGGCAGUGCCAACACAUGUGCCUUGAGUGGGCUGGCCCGUGUCUGCCGCCAUCGUAUCCGGCUUGGGGACUCUGAGACCCACUACUACAUCUCACCAUCGUCUCGGGCCAGGAUCACAGCAGUGUGCAACUUCUUCACCUACAUCCGCUACAUCCAGCAAGGCCUGGUGCGGCAGGACGCGGAGCCAAUGUUCUGGGAAGUCACCAGGCUGAGGAAGGAGAUGUCACUGGCCAAACUUGGUUUCUUUCCCCAGGAGGCUUAGGGUGUGGCCUGGCCUGGAGGGGGGCUCUAAGUGGGAGCAAACACCUGCCCAGGACAAGCUGACAGGAAGACAGGGUCCUGAAGCCAGCCCUGAGCCAGAAGCCAGAUGGAUGGAUAAAUGGACAGCCCAUAGAGGCGGUGCUGAGCCAGACCACACAUCUAUCCUGGGAUAGCCAGGCCUGGACUUCAUGAGAAGAUGCUUCUUUCUUCCCCAUUGGGUUCUGCAACAAGAGGAUUUCAAGAAAGCACCAAAGACUAAGGAGCUUGGAGCCAUACUUGGGAGACUUGGCCUUUACAAGAGGACACUUGAAGCACUCAGCACCCCUUUCCUUGGUUCAGAGAGCUGCUGCUUUUAGCUGCCUUACUGCUGGCGUAGCUUCAGAAAGAGAUUAUCGGGAGGUGGCCAGAUCUCCAGAGCAUCCUCCACCCCAGUUCCCAAGCCUGGGCUACAAGCUUCCCUUGUGGCCGUCCCACACCUGGUUCCUGGGUGGCCUCCAAGGGCCCACGGCAGCAGGGCUAGGACUGGCGGGGCCUCCACAUGCUUGCCCAUUCCAUUUGCGCAUGGCUGGGUACUGCCCCAGAGCUUCUGAGGUGAAUCAGGUUCCCCUUCAUAAAGGUCUCCCCCACCACCUCCCCUCCCUCUCUGAUCUAGCCCUGUGCUUCUCAAGGCCCUACUCUCAAAACCUCUGGAGGGAUUGGUAAGACACAGACAGGGCCUCAGGUUGCCUGUUCCUGUUUUCCACUGUGGGUGCAGACAACGAGCCCUUGCACAGGGGGCCAGAGUGGGGUGGGCAGAACCUAGGCCCUUCCUUGCCCAUCACAGCCCACUCGGGACUAGGGUUAGGGGCUCCCACCUGGACAUAUCCCUCACCAUGUCUGGAUUUCCUUCUUUGAAUGGAAUGUAACACGAUCUUUAUUUAAUAAAGGAAGUCUUUGUUGGUA